AUGGGUAAACUUGAAAAUGUUUAUGGAUAUUUAUAUACAGCGAGUUUAGGUUGUGAGCCGCUUGCUGCUCCUCAUAGACCAGUGGAAAAUGUCGUUUCUGCACAACUCUGGGCACCCGAUUGUGUCAAACAUCUGAAUAUGUUUGUGGACUUCCUGAAUACAACUCAACCGGAUUACGCAUUUAUCAUGUCGAGAUUUUUCGCCGUAGCAGAACCAUAUGACAAUGGACCAGAUCACUUAAAUAAUGAUGCAGUGUACUUGGAAAUGAAGAGCCAAUUGAAGAAAAUGCUUCCUAAUAUCAAAAAGAAGUUGUUCAUUCUGGAUUCGUUUCCAAGAAUUUGGUGGGGGGAAAUUGAAAAUAUUGCUGAUGGAAUAAAAGAAGGAAAGAAUCUAAUGGAUGAUCUCAGGGCCAUAGAGUCAAGAUUCAUCAUAGCUCAAACUUGA